UCUCCAUUUCUCAUGCGUAUGCGUAGCAAGCCAUCAGCACGAAAACGAACAAAUAAAUCUCUCUCCUCUAUCUCUCUCUCUCUCUCUCUCAAGUCUAAACAGAUCUAUUGCGCUCUCAGCGCCCUGUAUUUGAGCUCUGUUCUGCCAGAAUCUGCCUUCCGAAAACCACUCUCGCCUCACAGCCAUGGUUUCGACGCACAAGCUCAAAUCCGUGGAUUUCUACAGGAAAAUUCCCAGAGAUUUGACAGAGGCAUCGUUAUCGGGAGCUGGAUUAUCCAUUGUAGCUGCCUUUUCCAUGAUAUUCUUAUUUGGAAUGGAACUAAAUAACUAUUUCACUGCAAGUACAUCUACAUCUGUAGUUGUUGACAAGAGUUCUGAUGGGGAAUUCUUGCGCAUCGAAUUUAACUUUAGCUUUCCUGCGCUGUCUUGUGAAUUUGCAUCUGUUGACGUAAGUGACGUCCUGGGAACGAACAGGUUAAAUAUAACAAAAACCAUCCGCAAGUAUCCAAUAAAUUCAGAUUUGAAACCUACAGGCUCUGAGUUUGAUUCGGGGCCAAUUUCAAAAGAUAUAAAGCAUGACGAUGAAGUGGAUGAACAACAUGCUGGAGGUUCUGCUUCAUUAGAUGCACGUAAUUUUGAUAUUGUUGCACAUAAGCACCAAAUCUUGGUUGUCAAUUUCUUUGCUCCUUGGUGCUAUUGGAGUAAUCGCUUGAAACCUUCAUGGGAUAAAGCUGCAAGAAUUAUAAGAGAAAGAUACGACCCAGAAGUGGAUGGCCGCAUUCUCUUGGGAAAGGUUGAUUGCACAGAGGAAGUUGAUUUGUGUAAAAGGCAUCACAUACAAGGGUAUCCAUCUAUCCGCAUUUUUCGUAAAGGAAGUGAUGUUAGGGAUGACCAUGGGCACCAUGAUCAUGAAUCAUACUAUGGAGAUCGAGACACUGAUACCCUGGUGAAAACAAUGGAAGAUUUGGUUGCACCUAUUCAAUUGGAAUCUCAACAGCUGGCUUUGGAGAAUAAAUCCAAUGAUGUGGCUGAAAACUUAAAAAGACCUGCACCAUCAGCGGGAGGAUGUAGAGUUGAAGGAUUCGUGCGUGUUAAGAAGGUUCCCGGGAACCUUGUCAUCUCAGCUCGCUCAGGAGCCCACUCCUUUGAUGCUUCUAAGAUGAACAUGUCGCACAUCAUUUCUCAUCUUUCGUUUGGUAAAAAGAUCUCUCCGGCAGCGAUGAGGGAUAUGAAACGAGUGCUACCUUAUUUGGGGGUAAGCCAUGACAAGUUGAAUGGCCGGGACUAUAUCAUCCACCCGGGUGAUUCAAAUGCAGAUGUUACUAUAGAGCAUUAUCUUCAAGUUGUAAAGACGGAGGUGAUAAUGAGAUCUUACCGUGAACAACUAGUCGAGUACGAGUACACAGCCCACAGUAGUCUUGUACACAGUAUUAAUCUCCCUGUCACAAAAUUCCAUUUUGAACUGUCUCCGAUGCAGGUGUUAAUAACAGAAAAUUCAAAGUCCUUUUCGCAUUUCAUCACGAAUAUCUGUGCCAUUAUCGGUGGUGUUUUCACGGUUGCUGGGAUAUUAGAUUCAAUUCUACAUAACACUAUGAGGUUAGUGAAAAAGGUGGAACUAGGAAAGAAUUUUUGACAGAAAUGUGAAUUAAGCCCUUGUAUCAGGAGAAUUAAAUUUUCCCCAUACCAUUUAGUUCACAACUUUCUUUCUUUUUUUUCUUUUUUUUUUUUGUAGCCAAAUGGAAAUAUUGUUCACAACUUUCUUUCCAAUGCCUUGUAUUUGAGCGGACGAUGAAAAAGGAGACUGUUAGCUAGAACAACUAAUUCUUAUACAGGAAAAAAUCUAGAAAAGCCAUUUAAUUCUUGUAUACAUGCAUCAUAAAAACCAAUUUAUUCCUUUU